AUGAACUUGGCAGGGGAGCCCCUGCCCACGACUGGCACAGCUGUCCACCACGCCGUAGGAGCAAGUGGCAGCCAACAGAAGCAUGCCGGACAGAAACAGCAAGAAAGCCCUUCCUUGCGCGGCAUCCCUCUGGCACCUUCCACUGAGGAAGUGGAAUGCUGUGCUUGCUGCAAAGAAAACUCGCUUGCAGAGUCCAGCUCCAUUAUUGCAGGUGCCCUGUACUUGCAGAGCUCUGGUCCGGACCCUGGGGACAUCAUUUUAGAUGGCAUCUUCACUGAGCCCGAUACACCUACUGGGCCAGAGCGGCUCUCCCAGAGGGGUCGGGCAGGACCACCGCCCUGCACGCCCAGCCCCAUCCAGCCAGUGGAAUCAGAGAGUCCCCAGCACGAGCUGAGCAUCAGUCCCCUGACUGAGAGGGUGAAGAGCUUGCAGCGGGAGGCUGUGUGCCCCCGAGGGGCAGGUGCGCCCCUCUCUAGCGUGGGGACGAGGGUAUCCGCUAACGAGCCUCCUGCCAGCCCCGCGCCCGGCCCGCCGUGGGUGCUAAGUGUGGUGUCUCUUCCAUGCUCUUCUGUGCCCCCAGGAUGCGGGGAGAGACCCACUUACGCGGGCAGAACUCGGCAUUCCCGAAUCAUAGGGGGGCUGGAGGCCGAGGUGGGCGAGUUCCCGUGGCAGGUGAGUAUUCAGGUGGGAAACGAGCAUUUCUGCGGCGGCUCCAUCCUGGACAAGUGGUGGAUCCUCACGGCGGCUCACUGCUUGAACUCUGUGGCCAUCUCAGCUGCAGACCUGAAUGUCGUGGUGGGGACCAACGACUUAACCAGCUCACACGUGGAAACUAAGCUGGUGACCACCAUCGUUCGCCACAAGGACUUUAAAAAAGUCAACAUGGACAACGACAUCGCCCUGCUCCUGCUGGCCACACCGAUCACACUCAGUGACCUGAAGGUGCCCAUCUGCCUGCCCGCGGAACCCAGCCCCUCCACGUGGCACGAGUGCUGGGUGGCAGGAUGGGGCCAGACGGACGCUGCCAACAAAAACUCCAUGAAAACAGAUCUGAUGAAAGUGCCAAUGAUCAUCACAGACUGGGAGGAGUGUUCAAAGGAUUUUCCCAAACUUACCAAAAACAUGCUGUGCGCCGGAUACAAGAAUGAGAGCUACGACGCCUGCCAGGGCGACAGUGGGGGGCCCCUGGUCUGCACCCCGGAGCCCGGUGGGAAGUGGUACCAGGUUGGCAUUAUCAGCUGGGGCCGGAGCUGUGGCCAGAAGGGGACCUCGGGGAUAUACACCGCUGUGGCCACCUACAGCCUCUGGAUCAACAAGGUGACCCAGACUGAGGGAAGGCCCUUGGAGCCCCAGGAAAUGAGAAGCCCGAAGCAGAAAGCAACCAGCCCCCGAGCCUUGGGACCCCCGGAGCCAGGCAGCCUCCCAUUCUGGCUCUGCCUCUGCCUCCCGUCCUACGUGUUAUUCGGAAAUAUUUUGUACCAAAAAUAA